UAUGGCAGGCCAGUUUCAGGGCAUUUUCAGCAUCUCAUGGUCCGGUGCGGUGUCUCUCCAAGCACUUCACGGAACGUGGCACCACAGGAUGAGACACGUCCUAUGGAAUUACAUUUCUGCCACGAUUCCGCACACAAGAUCAUAUUUUGAGCGCGCAAAAGGGCAUUUCGCACGUGCGUGAACUGAGUUUUGUGUAGAAAUGUUCGUCUCGUAAAUAAAAAAAGUAUUUUGAGCAAACGAAAAUCAAUUUUGCAUUUAAAAGAAGUUUAUUUGGAUGUGUGCAGAUGUUUUCUUUCGCGUGUGCAACGUUUCACUUGCUUGCUCUCCUAAUACCCACACUGCGUGCUCCCAAUCACCAAUGGCUCGCAUGCUCAACAUAGAGCGUUACAAUGUGCCACAAUUCCAGCCAAUCAGAGAUGACGCUGCUAAAUUCUGAUUGGCUGGCUUGACAACCAAUCACAAGACUCCCUGCUUUACCGACAGAGGAAGAGGAAAAAUACAUAAGAGGCAUUUGUUCAAUGGCUUGAACACUAUCAAAGUCCCUUUAGGACUAUAUAAAGUCUCUGAUGCUAUUUAUUUUCAAAUUCAAAUGUCUACCACUCGUAGAUUAUUAUUAUUUUUUAAUCAAAAUCAUAUCGUAUUAUUUCCUACACCUCAGUUAACUGGUAAGUAACUUCUUACUGAACUGCAGUAAUUAGAGGGACAGACUUUUGCCCUUUUAAUUAGUUAAGUGUAUAAGCAAGGUACAAAACUUGCCUCUGGAUAUUUAAAAAUAAAACAUAUCAAAUAAAUGCAGAAAUGUAAUGUAGUAAUUAUCAAAAUACGUCACACUAUUUAGGAUGGAUAGUAUGCACAUUGGGAUGCAGGCUUGUUCUAUAAAAAUAAUUACAAAAAUAAUAAAAAUAAUAAAUAAUAAUAAUAAUAAUAAUAAUAAUAAAAUAAAUAAAUAAAUAAAUAAAAAUGUAGGUAACAAUGACAUAUGCAAAUAAGGGACAAGACCCACCCAUGUUUUAAGACCAAUGAUAUUGGACCCACUCACUUUUACCGUCUCUAAUUCAGCAUUUGUCUAAUCCCCCCCCAGUGAUGCUACUCCACAAACCACCAACAGAUCAUAAAAAAUAGCAAAAAUAAAAAUAUUUUUUAAAACAUCGCCAAGUAAAAUGCUGCGUUUAUAAAGAAAUGUCUCUUUACGACCACAACAAACGGGACACUUUUUCAGACGCGCAUUCCAUCUUCGCCUCAGCGCCAGGCGCAAGUCAAACGAGCGCGGAAAAGGUAGCUUCAGUUGAACAACAGUGAACUGUGGUCAGAUGAGAUGUUGUCAGGCUAUGUCAGUAAAGCUCCAAUCAGCCGUUAGGCUAUAGCCUACUGUGCUCGAAGCGUGAACUCAAGAAUUGCUCGCGCAAAUGCGCCGGCGCGCGCUGCAUAUUACUUUAUUAUAGCUUAACUAAAGCGCUAAAGAAACUACGGGCAUGCGCCAUCAUUAUUCUGAGGUAAAUUAAGUCAUGGAAUUACCAAACAUGCGAUUAAAUCUGCCUCAAAACUGUGCAUGCAUGUAUGUAUUUGUUGACAUGGUUUUAAGCUAUUGUUAUCCAAUUUGUUGGCCUUAAAAUGUCUUAAAAUGCAUAUAUGUACACCAAGGAAAUCAAAAUUUUCUAGGGGGAGCAUGCCCCCGAACCCCCCUAGCAUAAUACAUUUUGUGACCUCGGUAAAUAUAAAACCCUGCGUAGGGCCCUGCUUCUUUUCUAUCUAACGAAAUCAAAGGUAAUCGUGUAUCUCUCCAGUUGUGCGCACUUUGUGACUAAACUUUGUAUGCACUGUGUGAUCAAUGUGUGAAAAUAAAUGGGAGCAAAAACGCGAUACCGAUUGAUCUAUCUAUAUAGAUCAAUACCGAUCUAUCUAUAUAUAAAUUGGAGGGAGGACCCACACACCCAAGAUGUAUACUGUACUCAAAAUGAUCUUGCGCGCGCAGAAUUGUGGCAGAAAUGUAAUUCCAUACACGUCCGGCAGAGAGAGAGAUCGCUGGUGGGCGAGGAACGAGGGAACUGGAGCGAUCCGGGGAACGGGAAGCAAGCCAGGCAGGAACAGCGAGAGAACAGUCUGGGCGGCAGAAGGAGAGAGAGAAAAAAAACUAAAAGAAACUCAAACAAGCACUGGAGCCUCAAAACGGGACACAAAACACGAUAUAACUUUUAGUCAAGACAAGAGCAUGGCUGGCCGGAGCGCAAGGUAACGAACACAAACAAUCUGGCACAAGACAACGAACACGAGGGGAUUAAAUAGGGGAAUGAUUAAGGAAGUCAGUUUGAUGACAGGUGAGAGCGGUGAGCAAUAAUGCUGAAGGAAUAACAAGGGGGAGGGGAAAACGCCACAAUGACAGCAGAGCACAUGGCGAUCUGACAAAACAAAACCAUGUGUAUAAAAACAACGAAACGCACAGACAAAAAGGCACGAGACAUGACAGCAUAGGACAGAUCAGAUGGAAGACAUGACAGAGAAGCCUGAGCUUUGACUAUUCCUUAUUAAAAUAAAUAUUUUAUAAGUCUAACUAUCGAGAUUUUAAGUAACUAGAACUUUUUGUACACUACGUACAUCAUAAACCACUAAAAUCGGUUGGUAAACGUAAACAUUAUAUUUCUUUUUAUCCAGAAAAACCGCAGAUUGCCCGUUUACUUGCAUUUGUUUACAGCGCAGUCUUGCCCUCAGCAUGGCAGACGCGUUGACACAGCAACGCCUUCACGGAGAGAAGCCGAAUUUAUAUUUUCAUGGAUUAAUAAGAUACAUUCUGCUCUGUACCCUAUAAAAGACUAUUACAGCCAGAGAGGACUGCGACUGCAACUCAUCAUCAUUUGAACUACUUUUGGUACCACUUCUGAAAUUAUUGCAAUAAAUAAAUGAUUGUGAUUACUCUUCUGUUAUUCUUUUAUUUAUAACACUAUGUAGUUUUAAGAAAUGGUUAUGGGUAGGUUUAGGGGUAGGUUUAGAUUAGUGGCUCAAAAUAUUGUUUUAAUGAUAUAUUGUUACUAAAAUUGUCAUUUUCCUACACAUUUCUGUCCGUUAAGUAGCCUAUUAUUCUUUAACAUUCUGUCUAAAAUGGGUAUGUUUAGGUUCGGGAUUGGGUUUAGGGAUCUUACAUUUAUCUACAAAACGAUAAAAUGGAAAUUAUACAUAUAUCUUCAUAACAUGAAAGAUUGAUAAAUAUUUUACUUUUUCACUGUAAAAACGUGUGUCUCUUUUACGAUUUAGUGCUAUAAAUACGACAAUAUUGUACAUUUCAGCUCCUUUCUAAAUGUACAAAAAUGUAUGUUUUGUGUCUUUGAAAGUUACGUAUUAAUGAGACCAGGCUGUUAAAUCAUGUUAUUUUGGAUUGCAAGUGAAGCAUUUAAUUAGUUUUGUAUUUUUGUAGUUAUUACUGUGCAUAUGGAUAUUCAGUUCAAGGUCUGUCAGGUUAGUUUCUUCUGUUCACUCCUGCUGGUUGAUGUUGAAACUACAAUAAUCUGCUGCCAGAGAGCAUCUUUCUCCAUUCAUGACCAUUCAAAAGUAGCUGCAUAUUCUGAUAAACCAUUGCAAACCACAUAUAAAUGACACAGAUUUGUUGGGCUCCUAAAAGGAACUGCCAUUGAGAUAAUGCUAAUGGAUAGCUUUAUCAACAUAACACAAGGCUUUUGCUUCAGUUAAACAUGAGAUGUCUUUGACACACACUUGUCAAACAGGAAGUGAAACUACAGCCACAGGAAGAGCUUUGAAGCUUCAGUAACUUUUGUAUUUUUCAAUCAGAGGUUAGCAAGGAUUGUUUCUUUAAAAUAUUUGACUUUUCUCCAUAAGUGGAUUAUGAUUAACAUGUAAUAACGUUUUGAAAUUGGUGUAUUAGAAAAAAGGGAGGGAAAUGUAUACAUAUGAUUAAUAUGAUUGUUAUUUUAUAGUUAUUUUCAAAAUCAUUUCAAACAUAUUAUGUUUGUAUUAAUCCAUUUAUGAAUGAUCUAUUGUAACUUUUGGUAUAAUGCACUCAUACUCAUAUAUCUUAUUCAAAGUUCUGCUUUGACCAAAUACAUGUUUGAAUUCUGCUCUCUCUUCUCUAAAGUGAGACAUGUUCCUCUGCACAAAGUCUGGCAUCCGGUUUAAUAUGAACUGCUGCAUGAGUUUAGCAUAAAGUCCAGACAUGGUGAAGAUACUUAUUUGGCUCUCGCUGCUUCUGUAGUGUCAAAACCACAAUGUUUCACUACGCUGGCAGAAUAUAAAACCAAGAGGCCAGAGCUGAUUGUUAGAAAAUAUAUUUUUGACAUUUUUAACACACUCUGCCUGAAAUGAUCUUAAUUUGUGUAUUAAUAUUGGCGAAAUGCAUGCACUGGAGGAGCUCUUGCAUCUCACUCACUCGUCUUCCUUUGAUCUCCUGCAACAUUAAUUUACUCAGAGAUAUUUGGAUUUGGAUUUAGUAAUUUAGUUGUAUAAAAGGGCAACAGAAAGCACUCAAACAUAUUAAAGACAGAUAGAAACAGAGAGAACAGGAAAUGGGUUGUAGUUUGUGAAUUCACUGCUUAUUUCCUGGUCAAAACUGAGAGGCGUUUCACAACUAACACCACACGCAAACACAGACACACAGUCAGUAGAGAGUAGAGUUUGACUCUCAACACAUGAGAUGAGAAACAAAUGUAUUAUUUUAUUCUCCACUGAUAGAUGAGAGCAGUAUUACUGGGUGUUUGAGUUUCAGAAAGUAGUUUGAGGAACUGCUGAGAGUUUCAGACUGAUUUUCUGAACUGAACUGAUGAAGAAAUGAAGUUUCCGCUGACAGUUUGUGUGUUUCUGCUGACGGUGAUCAGUUCACUGUCUGUGGACAUUACAGUGAGAGGAAUGAAGGGAGAAUCAGUGAUUAUGAAGUGCCCUUAUGCUAAAGGAUAUGAGAAGUCUACCAAAUACUUCUACAAAGGACCUUCAAAAAGUGUCCUUAUAAUACAAUCUGAUGGAACAAAGACAGUUGCGACCAGCGGCAGAUUCUCACUGCAGGAUGAUCGUAAGAGUUCAUUUACAGUGACCAUCAGUGACCUGAAGAUGGAAGAUGCUGGACUGUACCGCUGUAGAGCUGGACAUCAUCACUACAAAGAAGUCAAUCUGAAUGUGAUCAGAGGUCCACAGAGACCGAGACCUGUCCAGAUCUCAACAUCCACCAUUCAUCAGUAUACAAACACCAGCACUGAACACAACGACACUGAACACAGCAGCACAGUGUCUCAUCAAACAGAAACUGAAACAAGAACAACAACAGGAAAUACUACAGAUGAAGUCCUUCAGCCAACCACUAACCUGGCUUCUGUUGCUGGCGGUCUGGGUUCGGUUCUGCUGGUUCUGACUCUGUGUUCUGGAACAAUCCUCAUCCUGAAAAAGAGGAAAAGGAAAUGUGGGACAGCUUUAGUUCAGCAAAAUGUGCAGCACAAUACAGAGGUGGGUGUUCAAAUCUUUACCUGUAGAUCAGAAAUACAAAUUAUUGUUUAUUAAUGAACAGAGAGUAUUAUCUGUAUAAACUAGUAAAUUAUUGAUAUAUGU